AUGGGUACUAAUCAACUUCCGGUCGAAAUAAUAGAUUUAAUUGUAAACCAUUUUAAGGCUGGAUUAAAACAAACGGCUCCAAAUCCAUUGAAUACUGCCGACAAACCCUUCUUAAAGCGCUCAGCCAUGUUUGAAUUACUGAACUUGCGAUUAAUCAACAAAACGUGGUCGAUUGCAAUUAUACCACAUAUAUAUCAAGAUAUGUCUUUAUCGGCACCAUCGAUGAUCGAAUGCCUCAAAGACACUUGGAAUCACUCUAAAAUCAUUUCAAUCACAUCUCGAGUCCAGCGCUUAUGCUUUGAUCAAGUAGAAUAUCCCAACUUAAAGUUUACUAUACAUUUAGAUGGGCAAACAUUAGAUCAGAUGGCAGAACCAAAGGGUGAGGGAAAGGAGCAUAAUCGAGAAGUGACGCUAACUAGGAAAGCCGUAAUUGAUUCUAAGGUUGCAUGA